CGGAAGGGGAGGUUGUUUUGUUGACAUCGGGCGAACACGAAAAACAGAGGAGAACAUCAAUUAUAAAACAAUUUAAAAUUAAUUGAAUCAACCAAAGAACUACCCGUGUGCAAAGCUAAGCAGCUUCUUGUAGACCUAACCCUGGAGCUAGGGAGGUCUUGAGCACACUGCCUCAUCUGUGACCACCUCGUCUAUCCCGAUGCUUACCCUUUGAUAGCUUCCCGGGAACCCACCCCCUGAGGCCACCUGCUUUGCCCUGUUGUCAAACAUAGAGGGGAAGGGAGAAGCAGCAGCCGACAUGGCGGCCAAAGCAGGGGACAACCCUGACAGCCUCAUGGCACUGACCACAGCCUUCUGCCUGAGGAACCUGAGGAGGACCAUGUGCUACCUGGGAGAGAGGAACAACCUUUGCCUGCGCUCAGACGUCUUCCUGCCCAGCGAAAUCUGUGACAAACUGGUCAACACAUACAUGGAGCUGGUCCAUACGGACAGUAACUUUGAGCCGCAGGACGGCUUCUUCCAGCUGUUCUCGGACCCGCACAGCACCAGGCUCACCCGGGUGCAGCUGAGGGAGGACUUUGUGCGUGACAGGGACCUGGAGGCCAUUGGGAAACAGGACUUGAUAGAGCUCCACCUCACCUACUGCAACAACCUAUCAGCGCACACCCUCAGGACUUUAACCAGAUUCCGCCAGACCCUGGUCUCCCUCAGCCUGUUCGGCUGCAGCCGCAUCUUCUAUCGCAAGGGUGGCGCCCCACUGGCAUGCGACGAGGAAGAGCGGCCAGCCUCCAGACAGGCACCGGACACAGACUUCAGCUUCCAGGGCUUCAACCGGCUGCGGCUGCUCAACCUCGGGGGUCUGCCCGAGGAGGUGGACGCCGAGGCUCUGCUCAAGCCCCUGCCGGCCCUCACCUCCCUAGACCUGUCCGGGGUGCCGCUGCCCAAGGCUGCCUUCCUGGCCCAGUGGAAGGGGAGGCUGGCCUCGCUAGUGCUCUACAACGUGGACCUCUCAGAGGAGCUCAUCAACACGGUGGUGGAGCUGGGACACCUCAGGCACCUGGAUAUCUCCCGAGAGCGCAGCUCUAAGUUCAAGAUGACCCGUAAGAUCCUGACCGCCAUUGUGCAGGGCCUAGUCAACCUGGUGUCGCUGGACAUCUCGGGUCACAUCAUGCUGGACAACUGCACAGUCCCACACUUCGAGGAGGCCAUGGGACGUCCAAGUAUCGAGCCCUGCAAGAGCAGCAUCUACCCUUUCCAGGAGCUAAAGAGGCCUCUGCAGUUUCUGGGGCUCUACAACACCACCCUUUGUAAUGUGACGCAUAUUCCUGCGUACAAGGUCACAGGCUCUAAGAAUGAAGACCAGGUCCUGAAUGCCAUAGAGGCCUACACAGAGUUCCGCCCGGAGCUGGCCCACCGAGCCAUUAACCAGCUGUUUGAUAUCGCCAGGAUACAGCACUGCAGCGAGCUACUGCGGGCACUGCAGCUGGUGAUCGCUGCGCUGAAGUGCCACAAGUACGACAAGAGCAUUCAGGUGACGGGCAGCGCGGCCCUCUUCUACCUGACCAACACAGAGUACCGCAGCGACCAGAGUGUGCGGCUGCGCCGGCAGGUCAUCCAGGUGGUGCUCAACGGCAUGGAGCAGUACCAGGAGGUCACGGUCCAGAGGAACUGCUGCCUGACGCUGUGUAACUUCAGCAUCCCCGAGGAGCUGGAGUUCCAAUACGGCCGGGUCAACCUGCUGCUGCUGAAGAUCCUGGAGCCGGCCCGGCAGGACGAGUCCAUCCAGCGCAUCGCCGUGCACCUCUGCAACGCCCUGGUCUGCCAGGUGGACAACCACCACAAGGAAGCUGUUGGCAAGAUGGGCUUCGUCAAGACAAUGUUGAAUCUGAUCCAGAAAAAGCUACAGGACAGGAUGUGUGACCAGGUGAUGGAGUUCUCCUGGAGUGCCCUGUGGAACAUCACUGACGAGACGCCAGACAACUGUCAGAUGUUCCUUAACUGCAAGGGCAUGAGCCUCUUCCUGGACUGCCUGAAGGAGUUUCCAGACAAACAGGAGCUCCACCGUAACAUGCUGGGGCUGCUGGGUAAUGUGGCAGAAGUGAGGGCUCUGCGACCACAACUCCUCACCCCACAGUUCAUCUCUGUCUUCAGUAACCUGCUGGACAGCAAGGCGGAUGGGAUCGAGGUGUCCUAUAACGCGUGCGGGGUGCUGUCCCACAUCAUGUUUGAUGGGCCAGAGGCGUGGGCCAUGGAAGAGCCACUGAGGGACACGGUCAUGGACAAGAUGAUGGACGCUAUCCAGAGCUGGGACGUCACCUCCCGCCGGAAUAUCAACUACAGAUCCUUUGAACCCAUCUUGCGCCUGCUGCCCCAGAGUAUCGCCACAGUCAGUCAGCACUGGGCCACGUGGGCGCUCUUCAACCUUGUGUCGGUCUACCCGAGUAAGUACUGCCCUCUGCUGAUAAAAGAAGGAGGGAUUGUUCUCCUGGAGAAGGUGCUGGAGCUCCAGACAUCACGUGAAGAGACCAAGGACAUGGCGCGGAAGGUGAUGGAGCAGUGUGAGAACUUCAAAGAAGACCCCAUGGAAACGACGAGUACAUGCAUUCAACAAGCUUUGGACGAAGGACUUUCACAGGACCGCCAUCUCCAAAGUUCACUCAAAAAGGCAAUAGUUCUGAACUGUGUUUUUUUUUUUUUUUUAUUAUUAUUAUAAUUUUGUUAAUUUAUCUUUUAAACUUUGAUUGGUUGAAAUCUAUUGCUCAGUUAUCACUUGGCUCAUGUAAAUAAUUCUGUAGUUGUCCCUUUAAACAUCCGAAGGUCAACAUCCCCAUAGUGUUCACAUUUAUCUCAUGUAAAUGUUGUAGCUUCAUAAAAAGAUUAAAUGCAUAUUUUUGGGGAAAUAUUCA